AUGUAUCUGAUUGAACCCAACCCAAUCAAGGUUGAAACACGAUCUGACAAUGAGGCCGUCCCAAUUGACAGAGGGCCUGUGCCGUUAUCCAAGCCUGCUAAGCAACUUCUUGACAAACGUCCGCACCGACUCUCAUUAGGACGAGAGCACCUAGUGGCCACUCCUCCUCCAGUUCCAUCACACUUUUUGGAGGCUGGUAUACCUGGGUGGCUUGUGGACUCCACGGUUGUCAAGUCUUCCCAAAAAUUAAAUUCUUUGACGUCAAACGCCUUGCAUAACAAACACCGGUGUCUAUCACCCAAGCACGGCCCAAGCAAUUUGUCUUCAACUUCACACUUGGAGGAACGCUCACGGUGGUGGGCUCGCUACGCCCCUAACCAAUUGGCUCCGCAUCUGGGCCCUAGGCACUACAAGAACAAGGAAUAUUGCGAACAGAAAUGGGCUGACUUAGAUACACAUAACCCAAGCCCCAUACCCCAGGCGACUUCCUAA